AUGUGGAGGUUGAAGGUAGCAGAAGGAGCGGGUCCAUAUGAGCCAUACCUAUACAGCACUAACAAUUUUGUGGGGCGACAAAUAUGGGAGUUUGAUCCAAAUUAUGGUACGCCUGAAGAACGAGCCGAGGUUGAAAAGGCUCGUGAAUCGUUCACUCUCAACCGCUCUCGUGUCAAGCCUAGUGGCGAUGUUCUUCUCCGCCUUCAGAUGUUGAAGGAAAAUAAUUUUGAACAAACAAUACCACCAGUAAAGGUUGGUGAAGACGAGGAUGUAACGCAUGAGGCUGCCAACAUCACCCUCAAGAGGGCGCUACGCUUCUUUUCUGCUAUGCAGACCAAAGAUGGCCAUUGGGCUGCUGAGAAUGCUGGCCCCUUGUUCUUUCUUCCUCCACUGGUGAUGUGUUUGUACAUUACAGGGCAUCUGGACGAAACAUUUUCACCAGAACACAAAAAGGAGAUUCUUCGAUACGUAUACAACCACCAAAAUGAAGACGGAGGAUGGGGAUUCCACAUAGAAGGGCACAGCAUGAUGUUUUGUACUGUACUCAGCUACAUAUGCAUGCGAAUUCUGGGAGAUGGCCCAUUUGGUGGUCGAAACAAUGCUGUUGAAAGAGGUCGUAAAUGGAUCCAUGAUCAUGGCGGUGUUGUUGCUAUGCCCUCUUGGGGAAAGACUUGGCUUUCGAUAUUUGGUCUAUUCGAUUGGUCAGGGUGCAACCCCAUGCCACCAGAGUUCUGGAUCAUGCCUUCUUGUCUUCCUAUGCAUCCAGCAAAAAUGUGGUGCUACUGUAGGAUGGUUUACAUGCCAAUGUCAUACCUAUACGGGAAGAGAUUUGUUGGACCAAUUACUGAUCUUGUUAAACAAUUGAGGAAAGAGCUUCAUUCUCAACCUUAUGACGAAGUUAAUUGGAAGAAAUACCGGCAUGUUUGUGCUAAGGAAGAUUUGUAUUACCCGCAUCCUCUAAUACAGGAUUUGUUGUGGGAUAGUCUGUACAUAACGACAGAGCCAUUGCUUACGAGUUGGCCCUUCAACAAAUUGAGAGAGAAAGCACUUGCAAAGACAAUGGAGUACAUCCACUAUGAAGAUGAAAAUAGUCGGUACAUUACCAUCGGAUGUGUCGAGAAGGUUUUAUGCAUGCUUUCUUGUUGGGUGGAAGAUCCUAAUGGUGAUUAUUUUAAGAAGCAUCUUGCUAGAAUCCCAGAUUACAUCUGGGUUGCUGAAGAUGGAAUUAAAAUGCAGAGUUUUGGCAGUCAAGAAUGGGACACAGGUUUUUCCGUUCAAGCAAUAUUGGCUUGCAAUAUGCUUGAAGAAGCAGGGGAAGUUCUUAGGAAAGGCCAUGAUUUCAUAAAGAAAUCACAGGUGAAGGACAACCCUUCUGGUGAUUUUAAAAAGAUGUUCAGGCACAUUUCUAAGGGAUCUUGGACUUUCUCUGAUCAAGAUCAUGGUUGGCAAGUCUCAGAUUGCACAGCAGAAGGGUUUAAGUGUUGUCUGUUGCUGUCUCAAUUGCCACCUGAAAUUGUUGGUGAAAAACAUGAGGCUGAAAGAUUGUAUGAUGCUGUGAAUGUCAUGCUUUCAUUACAGAGUAAAACUGGGGGUUUAGCAGCUUGGGAGCCAGUAAAAGCAGGGGCUUGGCUAGAGCUUCUUAAUCCUACAGAGUUCUUUGCUGAUAUUGUAAUUGAACACGAGUACGUAGAAUGCACAGCAGCAUCAAUCCAGGCCUUUGUGUUAUUCAUGAAAUUAUAUCCAGGACACCGCAAAAAGGAGAUUGAAGUUUUCAUCAAAAACGCAGUUCGUUUCCUUGAAGAUAUCCAAAUGCCAGAUGGGUCAUGGUAUGGGAAUUGGGGGGUUUGCUUCACGUACGGGACAUGGUUUGCGCUGGGAGGGUUGGCAGCAGCAGGGAAGACAUACAACAAUUGUGCAGCCAUCCGUAAAGGUGUUGAAUUUUUGUUGUCAUCCCAACGAGACAAUGGAGGUUGGGGAGAGAGUUACCUUUCUAGUCCCCUCAAGAAAUAUGUACCACUGGAAGAGAAUCGAGCCAAUUUGGUGCAUACUUCAUGGGCCAUGAUGGGUCUAAUUCAUUCCGGCCAGGCCGAAAGAGACCCAAGACCUCUACAUCGUGCUGCAAAGUUGCUGAUCAAUUCCCAAAUGGAAAACGGAGAUUUCCCCCAAGAGGAAAUUACCGGAGUUUUCAUGAAGAACUGUAUGUUACAUUAUGCAGCCUACAGAAAUAUAUAUCCGUUAUGGGCACUUGCAGAAUACCGUAACAAAGUCAAAUUGCCAUCUUAAUAAAGAAAAUUAAAAUUAAAAUUCUCUCAGCUCAAGUUAAUCUUGCCAUCCUCAUGCAGCUAUUGUCACUACUCUCCACAAAACAAAUAAAAUGGUUAAUCAUCUUGGGAGGUUGUUGUUCUAGUGAUUGAGUCUAAUGUAAUAUGCUUGGUGUUUUAAAGGCUUGUUCUGUUUUCGAAUGUUAAUAAGAGCAAUUGAAUAGUGAUAUUUUGCCUCCAUGGCCUAUUACCCUCUUUGUCAACAUAAAUUGUACCCAUCAAGACUGUUUAAUUUCAAUGACACUUUCUUAUAUAUUUGAAGUAAUAAAUAAAAUGAAGGGGGAGGGCUACCCCCCUUGUGUAGCCCUUUUCACAUUAGGCAUUAAUAGAAAAAUAAAUAAAUAAAUAAA